CCUUCCCUCUCUCCUUCCCUCUCUUCCCUCCUACUUGCCGCUGACUGAGCAACCUACAUUCACUCAUCUCAGACUCAGCAGCGACUCGCCACAUCACACGCAAUCGCAACCACGCAAUCUGCUCACUCCUCGAGCUGACUGUUACGCCUCUUUUUAAAAAUCUUGAUCAUCCAAAGCUAUGCCCUUUAAUACUCGCCACCUCAGUUCCGACGACGGCGGUGAAGGUCCCUCCGCUGCUGCCGGAAAGAUGCCCAAGCAGGAUCACCGUACCAGUCACAAUCCCGGAGGCACCAGAAAGCGAGACGCCCACGAGAAGUACUCUGUGAAGCUAGAGUUUGCUGGCAAGAACGGCAGCGGCGGCGGCAGCAAGGUCGCAAGGAAGGAGAAGGAAAAGAAGAAGAAGGCGCCAGACCAUCCGCUUGCUGAGGAGUUCAUCGAGUCGCUCGACAAUUCCACCGGCUCCAUCACCGCGAGUCUCGUCGAAUCGAUUUCCAACAUCCACAUGAUCGGCCUGUCGAGGAUUGCUGCAGCAACCUCACUCUCGCAGACCUACAUCGACUCCGCUAACUCUUCCGCAGAGAAGUUCUCACGCCUCUCGAUCCUCUCCGACUCGUUCAGGCGCGAGCUCGCCGCUAACCGUGCGUUCGUUGCCGCGAGGCAGAACGAUAUCGACCGUUUGCGCCGUGAUUACACAGACAUUACAGGUGAGAUCCUGCAGCUGCAGCGCGAGGCACUAGCGAUCAGCCCUACGAAGGGUCUCACGCACGAGGACCCUCUAGCCUAUGAAGAGUUCGGGGAUGGGGUUGCUACUGAUGAGGCGUUCCUGGAGGCGGCCGACGGGAGGUGCCGCGAAGUCGAGAGGAAGUGGAUUGAACGCAUGCAGCAGAGUGAGAGGGUGAGAUCUAUGCCCCUGCGUGCCAAUGGAGGGGCGAUGGGUAGCUGAUUGGUUGUGACAGAAAUUCGAGAACGAUGCCAUCA